AUGAAAUCAAUGUCCCGCCCUCACUUGAGCGGAAUAGACAAAAAAUCGUUAGGCUGGUCAGCUAAUGAGGACAGACGAGUGGACACAAUACUAGAAAUUUUGAAAUGGAUCCCUCGCAACGCAAAACGUCCUCAAGGGAGGUCACCUAUCAGAUGGGCUGACGUGUUCGUUGCAACAACUGAAAUCUCGGCUGUUAACGAGUACUGGAUCUGGACCUCGCGAACGUCGCCGUCGCUGUUGUAUAGCAGCAUCGUGGAUGACGAUAGCAAGGGACGGAAACGGAUGGAAACAAUGCUGUGGUCUGCAUGA